AUGAUGCAUCACUCACUGAGACACCACCGGAAAGCGUAUCGCAAGAGGCCUCUCGCGGAACCUUCAGAGAGUCACAUCUCGAACCUUACCCGAACAAGACGCCAGCCAAAGAGACAAAAAAUACUAAAUAAUCCUGGACGUACCCAGGUCCGUGGCUUGCAUGAAGUCCCGUACCCGUUCGGCCAAUGGGAGCCACGAGGGCGGCUGUCGCAGCAAAACAAGCGCGAUAUAUCGUCCGACGGGGGAGUGUUGGGGGCCGCCGCAGGCGUGAGACGCUUGUGGGAGGCAACCUCCGAAGCACUUGAGCCGCCAAGCCGAAGAGCAAGGUCGGGCUUCUUGGUUCUUAUUCGUCGUCAGACCGCGCUAUUUAUCCUCGUUUGCGAGCCCCCCAUUGCGCUUUCGCUCCGCGGCUGA